AUGUCCUCUUCACCGAUAUCAUCACCCAUUAACAAGAAUCACGCGUCAAUGGAAGAGGACAAGCCCAUGAACGACACACUGGUGGACGAGGAGGGGGAUGUAGUCCAGUUUGAAGACGAAGAUGAAUCACAGUUUCCGGAAGAGGACGAACCACAGUUUCCAGAUGAAGAUGAGGCGCAGUUUCCGGAGGAGGAGGAAGAUGCGAUGGAUGUGGACGAACCGCCGCCUCCAGAGGUAGAGGCAGGGAAGGGCGGAAAGACCAAGGCGGCCAAGACGACGGCGACAACGAGUUCAACAUCCAAACCGAAGAAGAAGAAGGAAGCGCAGACGCUUGAGAGAGAACCUGGAAAAUCGUUACUCCCUCUUGCGCGUGUUCAGAAAAUCAUUAAAGCGGAUAAAGAUAUACCCAUAGUAGCUAAAGACGCUACGUUCCUCAUUUCAUUGGCAACUGAGGAGUUCAUUAGACGGAUAACGGAGGCUGGGGCGAGGGUCGCCAAUCGAGAGAAUAGGACGACUGUGCAAGGACGGGAUAUAGCGAGCGUAGCGAAACGCGUGGAUGAAUUUCUUUUCCUUGACGAUAUUUUGCCUUUCGUUUCGGCAGAACCUAAACGACAAAACAAAGUAAAGGAUAUGAUUUCAGCUGUGGCGCCGUUGAAGGGUGCUCCAACUGCUUUGGAACAGUUUGUUGGGAAGAAGGGGCAACAACAGGAAAGCAAUAAUCAUGAGGAGGAAGGAUAG